AGGCAUAGUCUUCCGUUAACAGUUACAGCUUCGACAAUUGAAUCAAGAUGAAGACACUUGUCAUCCUAGUCUUGGCGGUUUUUAGUGCUCAUGGACUUGAGAAGUCUCCCAGGCCACCAGGUUACGGUAUAUUCACAAAGAAUUUCAAAGUGAGAACAUUUUUGCGGGCUGGAGAUAUCGUCGAAGGGGAUAUCAUGCUGGACAGCAAAACUGCCUCUCUUUACCGUGGAGAAACCAGAAAUGCCAUGAAAAACGUGAACCUAUGGAAAAACGGAGUGGUGCCUUACAUUCUUGAUUCCAGCGUGGAUGAUCACCUGAAAAGCCAGAUCGAGGAAGGCAUCAGAGAAUAUCAUAAAUACACAUGUCUACAAUUUGUGAAGAGGACGAACCAAAGAGAUUAUAUCAGGAUUGUCAAACCAGCAUCAGGAUGUAACUCAAUGGUGGGCGCGAUCGGUGGGGAACAAAUCCUAAAUAUGGGAGAUGGCUGCCAGUAUGUUGGCCUGGUUCUUCAUGAGUUUGGUCACGCAAUCGGCUACUUUCACGAACACAACAGGCCUGACCGUGACGAUAAUGUAAACAUUUUGUGGGACAACGUUCAGUACGGUUUCAAGGACGCUUUUCGCAAGUACACUUUUGAUGAGGCAGAUGUCCAAGGCUUCAAGUACGAUCUGACAUCCAUCAUGCAUUACGAGAACUCUGCGUUUACCAACGGUUACUGCCGUCCAACUAUGCUUGUUAAGAAAGAUCCAUCGUACGAAGUGACACCAGUUUACCUGAGGAAGUUCAGUCCCCAAGACAUACAGAAAAUCAACAAACUUUAUAGUUGUCAGACAAACCAACUUCCUCCUACAGUUUUGCCCGGAAGUGGAAAUCCAGAUCCAUCUCAAUGUAAAUGCGAGGAUAAGUACAACGACUGUCAAGGUUGGAUGAACUCGGGUGAAUGCGGGCUCAAUCUCAUGUGGAUGUCGACGAAUUGCGCCAAAAGCUGCAGAACAUGCGGAGAGCCCCCCUCUGAUUGUCAGGAUGUGUACCCAGUGGCGUGCGAGACCUGGGGAGCUGGUGGCGAAUGUUCUAAGAACCCAAUAUGGAUGAACGCGCAUUGUGAGAGAACAUGCGCUCAGUGCAAAGGACCAACUCAAGCGCCUACCCCACCCCCUGUUGUUACAACUAAGCCACCCCAGCCUCCCAAGCCUACCACACAACCAACCGGAAACUGCAAAGACGUUUAUCCUAAAUACUGUCCCGACUACAAGAAAAGGGGAAUGUGCACCACUCAUGUCGACUACAUGACCAGUGUCUGCCCUGCUACCUGCGGAUUCUGUGGUGGAUCAGGGAAUUGUAAGGAUGUUUAUCCUCAGUACUGUCCAGGGUACAAACAAAACGGAAUGUGCACUGAUCCUAACUAUUUGGAUUACGUCAAAGAGGUUUGCAAGUGGACUUGCGGCUUCUGCAGCUGAGCCGUUCGUUGUUGAAACACGAAAGGACCCAUGACUGUUACAUGCUGCAAACUUACCAUGGAUCAUACAAGAAGAGAGCAUUUUCUUUACAAAGUCAAAGUUUUGCUUAGUUCGUUGAUGCAUCAUAAAGAAAUUAAAAGUGGUAUUGAUCCUGACUGAAAA